CGUGGAGGAUUCCUUCGAUAAGGGCUAGAGAUCGAGGGUUGAGGGAAUGUUUCGGAAGCGCCACAGCUGGUGGCUUCCAGGAUUUACAUGAAGUGGUUGUGUUUGUGUGGGAGCGAGGGUUUAUGAGACCAGGGUUGUCAGACCCAGCAAUGGAGUGGAAGAGGUUUUGGUAGGGUGGUAUUUUGGAUUUUAAUCAAAGCGGUACCCGUUUCGGUGGUUUCAUAACUUUCGUGUUUUCCACAGCCAUGAGAAGAUUGCAGUGUUCAAUUUGUAGGAAGGUUUUGGAUGUGCUAGCUACAGGGUUGCUUCUCGAGGGUUAGCGUGAUCUCUGCGAGAAUCUGAAAAUGUCAUGCGUGGAAUUGAGUUCUUUCGGAGCUUAAGAAGUUUCAGUAGGACUGGCUCACAUUCAUUAACGAGAAGCUAGUAAUUCUGAAGCUUAAGAAAUUUCAACAAGACUGACUCACGCUCAUCCACGAGAAUUUUGUUCUUUGGGUCGCAGGAGGUAGGGCUUUUUCCAAUGGCGAUAGGAAUAUCGAAAACGAUAGGUACUGCAAGUCACUCCCCCGCCUUGCCUCUCGCGCAGUUCUCGUUGAAUGAGAAUGCUACAAAUUCAGCUUCAGCUACAGUUUUGUCCAAAAUCUCUUCGCCAAGAGAGGUUUGCAGUAAAGCUGUAAGAGCAACAUGUAAGGGAUUAGGGUUUAUGAAGUGGAGAGAUGAAAUCGAGGGCAAUUUUGAAGGUAUGGGUAGUUCAUGGUCGAACAGGCUUGGGUUUUGCAAUUCGCCGGUCCUCGUAGCGGAAGCUUCAUUACGACCAGGUCAGUUUGCUGAACCGAGUGUCACAGCGGAAGAAAUGGAGAUUUAUGAGAAGCAGCUGACAGAGGAGGAAGGUGUUAUAGUAUAUCUCAAUUCCAUAGGAGUAGACACGGCCAGCCUCGACGAACUUGAAGUCGACCUUCCUACUUCCCUGGCAAUUGUGCGUGAGCGGGUGGAAUUUUUGCUGAAGAUUGGUCUUACUGUGGAAGACAUUAACGAUUACCCUCUUAUCCUGGGGUAUAGUGUAAGGAGAAAUCUCAUACCUGUGCUGACAUUUCUGGAAGAACUUGGUGUUACGUCGCAGUCGCUUCCAAUUCUUGUGCGCAAGUAUCCGCAAGUCCUGCACUCUAGUGUCGUAGUUGACUUGCUCCCGCACGUUGAGUACCUUGAGGGGUUGGGCAUUCGACGAGCUGAUAUGGGGAGUGUUCUCACUCGGUAUCCUAAUUUACUUGGUUUCAAGAUUGAAGGAACCAUCAGCACUUCAACUGCGUAUCUCGUAAUGCUCGGUGUAAACCCUCGCAGACUAGGUUUUGUUUUUACGCAAAUGCCUGAGAUUUUAGGUAUGCGUGUAGGGAACAAUAUCAAGAGAAAAGUAGACUUUCUCAAAAGUUUUGGGCUGACACAAUCCAGCAUAGCAAAGAUAAUUGAAACUCGACCGCAUUUCUUAGGGUUGGAUUUGACAAAUCAAAUGCGACCCGUAGUAGACAGCCUCAUAGAAGUAGGAGUGGCACAGGAUGCAAUUAGUCGAGUCAUUACGCAGUUUCCAGACAUAUUGAGUCUUGACGUUAAAGGGAAACUGGCCGAAAGGCUAACAUGGCUAACCGAGGACGUCGGAGUAAGUGCGGACGCCAUUGGAGGGAUCAUCGCCAGGCUUCCUCAAAUUCUUGCCAUCAACACUACGAAAGCCAGUGCAAGGGUCGAGUUUUUGAGACAGGCGGAAUUUUCAGCUGCAGACAUAGCGUCGAUGGUGACUAAUUGUCCGCAACUCCUGGCAGCCAGCAUUGAAAAGAGUCUCAAGCCCAAUUUGGAUUAUUUAGUGGAGAAGAUGGAAAGGGAACUUACAGAAGUAAUCGAGUUUCCAGCUUAUUUGCUGUACAACUUAGAGGAAGUCGUGCAACCACGUCAUGAGGAGAUUACGAAGAGCGGUGUAGAAUGCAGCUUGGCCUGGAUGUUGAACUGUGCCGAUGAUAUCUUCCGACAACGGUUGAGCCUAGAAUAUGCAGAACAAAGCAACCAUAACGAAGAGCCAGAUCUCCCGUAUAUUGUUACACGUCGAGCGCGGCUCAUUGAUGAAUCGGAGGCCCUAAGUCCUCUUGACAGAGAAGACGAAGAUGAGAGCAAAUCUUUCGUAGAACCAGAAGGCCUGGAAGACUCAUCAGAUGUUCCCUAUGUUGUCACUCGGAGAUUGCGUCCAGUGGAGGAACCCCUGGAUGAUGAUGAUGAUGCACAGAGCAGAUUUUUCGAAUAGUGUUUUGGUUGCCCAAUUCACUCCUCUUGCAUCCAUCACUACGUAGUAUCCCCAAUUUUGUGUUUCAACAAGUCUGGUAUGACAUUCAUUGCUUACUAACUCAUCUCUCGAUUCAGUCAUGGUAUGUGUGCGUCUAGUCAACACCCUCUUUCCCCUUGCCCCCAAACAAGCAUAUAUUCAGCAUGCCUCCGUUUCCUAACAGAUCACGACCUUUUUCAGUCGUGACGAGUUUUUCAGAAGAUAAAUUCUUCUAUCAACUGUUAGCAAAUGGACUCUGCUCACAAGCAGAUAUCACUAUCUUCAAGUUGCCCACUGUGACAUGGACAAGGCGUAUAUCUCGUGCGAGUGCUACACCCUGGUCGUCCUCGUGAUCCCCUGCCUAAGCUACGUUACAUCAUAAUGGAGGGCCUACACAAACCAGAAUGUGAGUUUUUUUUUCGUGAAGUAAAACGCGUGGUGAACAGUGAAAAGAGCCACUAUUCCGACGUUUACGUUGCAAGCAGUUCAGACACUUUCAAUGCCCGGUAUCCAGCAGAUUCCUCAAUUCCUCUUUACCUUCACACUGGUAACCAGCACCUUCAGCAGAUAUGGGCACUGAUUCCAGUUACCACUGGAUCGGAGGUCCAUGUUCUAGCAAGAAUUUAAGAUUGGUCACCAAUUUCAUGGAAGACUCCAACACCUCAUCUGUUAAUUAGGGGUGGUGAAGAGCUGGGGAAUGUCUUCUGGAUGAUAUCUUCUUAGAAAAAUGCAAGUCUAGUGGGAACUUAGAAUGAGGUAAUCUAUCAAAAGAACAAAACUAUGUGGAUGAGGAGAAAGAUAUUUUUAAUAAAACAAAUGUUUUAGGAGGGGAUGCAAA